AUGCUGGUGUUAAUGCUGGUGGUGGCGACCACCUUUCGGUUCUGCCCGCUGGUCAAAGCUCAGCCGCUGUGCCGUAUUCGCACGUUGAGGACAGGAAAGGUGUUUCCUGUCGAAGAGAAAAUACAAGGGGACCGCCUGUAUUUUUCAUCUGGGAAAACUCACUUGAUUAAGCAUCCUUGUAAGAAAACCCUAGCCCUGUAUCUAGGAAGACAAAUUUUUCUCACAAAGGACAACUUUGAGAGUAGUCUCAUUCCGUUUUCCAUCCCUACGUCAAUGCAGGUUGGCACACCAGAAGUGACGUCAGCACAUUUUGCUGGUUCGGUAUUGCUGUUAGUAGUGAAUCAAAAAGUCUAUGUUUAUGAUUAUGAAGCCAACUUCUGGACUGCAUCUACAGGCAUACAACACCCUGUUUCACAUGUAUCUGGUGACAACUGUUGUUACGGUGGAAAUUCAUUCUGCAUGGAUAUAAGUAACUCGGUUUUUGCUUAUUUGCAUGGAGAUCGGAUAUCUCAGGCCAACAUCUAUUUCUCAAACUCCCGCGGAUACAGAUUUCAGAAGUACGCCCAGGAAAGACGUGCAGAGCUAGUCGGGACCUUUGGGGGGAUCUUCUCCUUUCAGUCUCUGUCACAGGUUGGGCUGCUUCUUGUUGACGAACAGAUGGCCAUGUUCAGCUACUCUGACCAUCCCUUGAACCGCAGCUUUGGGCUGCCCUUUGACUAUGACAGGACCCUUGACAUCCUCAUCGCCCCGGGCCAGAGAGGCAUCCUUAUCUUUUGGUCUGAGAAGAACCUGCUAGUUUCCCGAAACUCAGGUCAGCUGGUCGAAUCUGUCCAGGUGCGAGAAGGACAACGCAUCUUGUAUAAUUCCAUUGUCAAAGCCAACAUCACCAUCCACAGUGUUGCUGCUAAUGAAAAUGAACUGGCAGUUUUAACUCGAGAGAAUAAUUUAUAUUAUGGCAGCCUGGGAAUCCAGUCGAGUUCUCUAAUCAAAUUUGCAGACCAAAACAUCUGGUCCCAAGAGGCGGUCCUGAUGUUCACUGACGUGGGGAUGCUGGAAAUACUGACCCCGCUUCCUGACAUGCUCUUUCCAGCUUUCGAUUUCCAGAAGUGCCCCCUGAAUAUCCAAGCCCUUCUCGUGGAUCCCCAACUCCAGGCUGGCAUCUGCAAAGUGGAACUUCUGCAGGGAGAAUUUGAAAACAAAAUGUACACCAUUGACAUGAACAGCCAGUUGGAGUUGACGGCCCUAAUGAUACCCCGGCCAGGCACGUUACCUGUCCCACUAGUAAUAGUGAGCAACCCCCACUCCCUGGGGCUGCAGGCGGUUAUCUAUGAGGACGGCUACACCUACGGCAGCAACACCAAGCACAGACUGAACAUUUCCCUGAAGCAACAGCACCACUGGGGCAGGGCCAACCCCAACUUCACCUCUAGCAUAAAGAGACCCACAAUAUCUACCAUCACACUGGACAUCGCCAACAAAGAAAUUUCAUGUGUGGACCUUAAGCCACUGACGGCGCUCAUUUCAGUUGGGUGUGACCUGGAGAAGAAGAUCGUCAUUCAGAAUGAACUUUCAGCAUGUUACCACGGAGUCCUCGACCCUGUGGCCCUUCAGGACAACUAUAGCUACGUCAUUGAGAGGGAAGCCUACGACCCCAACUUCCAGGGGCAGCAGGCCAAGGAAGACCUGAAGGUGUAUUACCCCUAUGAGAAGCUGGGCUGCCCCCUCCUCGCCUACUAUGACAUCCCGUGGAAGCCAGUGGUGGAGCUGUGGCGCGAAGGCAAGUUCCAGGAGGUGGUGGAGGCCGAGUAUGUCCUGCUGGAGAUGAACGGGCUAUUCACCUACACGUACUCUCUGACAGCUGGCAUGGCAGGCUGCAGUGCCCAGCCGCAGAACUGGACCACCAUCACCGAGAUGGCCGGCGACACAGCGUCCUUCUCCUGGGACCGCGAGAAUUACAUGAGCUGCCACGACCCUGACUACCACGAACCCUUGAGAUGGCCUGACGUCCCAUAUCAGAUCUUGGGAGGCUCAACAGAGAACAAGGUUGUUUUCGACCAAAGAAACGGCAUCUACAUCUUCUUCAUUUCUAUCGUGGAUCCAUCCUACAGCUACUGUCACCUGGAGACCACCUUCAGCGUCUAUGUCUACGGGGCCUUCCCACUGUCCAUCUUCCCGCCAGAGGUCACCAUUUUCCUGCUCACGGUGGCCACCCUGCUGUUCGUGUGGCUGGCUUACAUGAUCCCCCAGCUGCUGCACAACGAGCAGGGCCUCGAGGUCAACGGCUUCUGGGUCAGACUCACCUACCUCCACACCCCAGCUGUCUACAUGAACAUGGGUGGGGGCCCGCCCCUUCACCACUGGCGACAGCACUUGCCCCGCCAGGUCGGUGGAGGCUGA